AUGUCAUCAUCCAUCGAUUCACUUUUCGGAAGUGUUGAUUCCAAUAAAUUAGAAUCAAACAUUAGUAAAUUAUUCAAUGCUUCCAGUGGACCAAUCGAUAAUUUACAAGUUAAAAAUAAGCAUAGAACUUUAUUACCUUCUGUAAAGAGGAAGCAACCCGAGUUGGAAUCUAAAUCUAAAUCUGAAUCUGGAUCUGGAUCUGAAUCUGAGAAGGACGACGAUGUCUCUGCAGAUGGUGAGGCUGAUGAACCUGAAUUGAAGAAACAAAAGAAAUCUAAGAAGAAGAAGAAUGUAGAUGGUGAUGAUGAUGAAGAUUUGGAAGGUAAGUAUUUUGCUAAAUUAAUAGAAAAGGAAGAUUCUGAAGAGGCACAAAAAGACUCUAGGGAAGAUGCAUCAACUGAUGAUCAUGAAAGUGAAAAGGAAAUAGCAGGAACAAGCAGUCAAGUUGCUAAGAAAACUGAUUUGAAAGAAGAAGAACUUGCGAAGGCAGAAAGAACUGUAUUUAUUGGUAAUAUUCCUAACGAUGUUAUAACAUCAAAGACUGUUUAUAAAACUUUUAAGAAAUUAUUCAAUACAAAUCCAAAACCAAAAAAAUCUGAAGAUGAAGAUGAUGAUGAAGAAAAACAAGAAGAUAUUGAGAGUAAAAUAAAAGAAAAUCCAUUCACAAUUGAAAGUAUAAGAUUUAGAUCGAUUUCCUUUGAUGAAGCAUUACCAAGAAAAGUAGCAUUUGUUCAACAAAAAUUACAUAAAUCAAGAGAUUCUGUCAAUGCAUACAUUGUUUAUAAAAAUAAAAAUAUUGUGAAAACUAUUUGUUCGGAAUUAAAUGGUACCGUUUUCCAUAAUCAUCAUUUAAGAGUUGACUCAGUGGCACAUCCAUCUGCUCAAGAUAAAAAGAGAUCGAUAUUCGUCGGUAAUCUUGAUUUUGAAGAAGCUGAAGAAAGUCUUUGGAAUCAUUUUAAAAGUUGUGGUGAAAUUGAAUACGUUCGUAUAAUUAGAGAUGCAAAAACUAAUAUGGGUAAAGGGUUUGCAUAUGUUCAAUUUAAAGAAUUACAAUCUGUUAACAAAGCUCUGCUAUUAAAUGACAAAGUAAUGAUGAAAUCCAAUGUUGACAAAGAUAGUAAGAAGAAAGGUAGAAAAUUGCGUGUUACAAGAUGUAAGAAUAUGAGAAAGAAUGGUUCACAAUCAUCAUCAUCUAAUUUCAAAAAUAGUGGGAACUUAUCAGACUUUCAAAAGACUAAAGUUGGUAGAGCUAAAAAGAUUCUUGGGAAAGCUGAUAGAGCUACUCUUGGUCAAGAAUUAACCAUUGAAGGUUUAAGAGCUACCAAGGGUGAAAACGUAUCGCAUUUGAAGAAAAAGAAACAAAGAUCGAAAACUGGUAGAGUUACCAAACGUUCUCAAGCUUUCAAAAAGGCUAAUAAGGAUUAA